AUGGCUGCAGACCAAGCAAGAGCAGAGGAGAUCUGUUCGAAAAUGGUUAAGGUGGACGACCAGCAUCAGCACUGUGUAAAGACAGUGUUGAAGUCCAUGGAAGAAGGGCACAGCGAGGAGCAGACCAUGUUCAUGGCCAAUGCCACGCUGCAGCUCCUUGAGCUUGGGCUCCCAGCAGCGGCAGCAGAUGCCGGGGCUCUUGAAGCUCUGAAAGGCUUCACUGAGGGGCUGCCCUUCCACACAGCUGUGAACCACGGCCAAGCCACAGCAAUCUACGAGAAAGCCUUGCUCAACGGUUACACGCCAGCUGCUGCCAAGAUAGCGCGGAUCAAUGCGCUCCGCACGUUGGAGGCAGGAUACUCCAGGAAGGCUUCUUUGGUGGCCAGCGAAGCUGCGGCCAAGGCCAUUGAAGCAGGCUUGACCCCUGCAGCCGCAGAGGCCGCUGCCACAGCCUCUGCGAAUGCAAUCAGGGACGGGAAGUCCGUUGAAGAGGCUGCCGCAGCCGGUGCUGCCGUUGCUGCAGUGACAAAGGAUGGUUCACACAUUGUGAUCCACAUUCACGAGCACGACAAAGACGGCAAGGUCUUGAAGUACAAGUACCAGCCAGGUUCGAAGGCGGCCGUUGCAACCCCAAUGUCUGCAGAAGAAAAGGCAGCGCAGCCGGCAGCUCCUGAACCUCCAAAGGCAGAGGCUACUCAGACACCGGCUGCCAAAUCACCUACACCAACAAUACCAACACCUCCCACAUCACCUGCACCACCUACACCGCCACUGGAAGCACCACCAGUGCCGGCAGCAGCUGCUCCGGUAGCAGCCCAAGCGCUGGCCACUCCGGACGUGCCUACACCGCCAGUUACGCCGACACCGCCAGUGCAAGUCCCCGUUCCUGUGCGCAUGCCGCCGGCAGGGCAAGGAGCAUCAACCGCGCCAAGCCCCGAAGCAGGAGGUGGAUCAGACUCGCUGCUCAAGCCACUCGUCUUGCCAAAGCCGGCAAAGCCGGCAGCUGCCCCAGCACCAGUAACUGCAGCAAAGGCCUCUCGCAUCGCUGCUCCGGCCUCCAUUGCUCAGCCAACCUCGGCUCCCAUGGCCUCGUCACCCGCAGCCUCCAUGCCCGUGGCCUCACCAGCCCCAGCGCCAGCUACCAUGGCACAGCGUGCAGGACUGGAAGGGGGCACAGCAGCAGGUAGCGCAGCUAAAAGCGCAGCAGGAAGCGCGGCGGGGAGCUCAGCAAAAAGCGCAGCAGGGACCGCAGCAAAAAGCGUCUCAGGAAGCGCAGGAGGCAGCGCGGGAGGGGGCGUUGAUGGCCCUGCUUCGGCAGUUGACAGCGGCGACCAAAAAUCCUCCGCCUCUGCCUCUACGAGUCAAGAUGCAAAGACAGCAGCUGGGGCUAGUUCUGCAAGCCCUGCUUCACAGGCUGCAAAACCUGCGAGCGCAAGUGGCACGUCAAAGGCAGCCGAAGCAGCCGCAAAGGUCGCAGAGGCAGCCAAGGCAGCUCAGGCAGAAGCCAAGACGUCCAAUGCUGCCCCGCAGUCCUCAGCCCAUGCAGCCACCCCAACGUCUGCAACGCCUUCGACGCCUGCAGCAACAGCUUCGACAAGCGAAGGCGAGCAGGGCGAGGGUUUGCUGGAUACGAUCGUGGACACGGUGAAGGAUGCAGCCAGCUAUGUGCCUUUCCUUCCCUUCAAUCUUGCAGAGGAUGUGGUGGGGAAGACCGUGCAUGUUUCACCAUUCUCACAAGAGGGGGAGGGCUUAGAGGCAGAUUGGGCCAGACAAGUGUCAGUCUCCAAGCGUGUCGAGGGCGUGCUAAACACUGAGCGGUACCGGUACAGUGGUACUUCAUGGCCAAACAUGGUGAUGCCACCCUGGUUCGUCGAGUUGACUGAUGAGGUUUGCCGUGCCUGCGAAGUUCCGGAGCGUCCCAACUCGUGCAAUGCAAACCUGUACGAGGCUUCGGGCUUCGGUUCCCUGAAAUAUGCGCAUGGCUCCGAGGGGAUGUUAACGUCAUGCGCUACAUACGGAUUUAAAACCGUAAAGAGGCUGGGUUUUGCGGACCCAGCUAAGUUCAUGCAGUUCCGAUCCCGAUCCCUUCCCUUUUCUGGGUUGCUGUUAGGGAACUUAAUUUAG